CAUAAAACAAAACCCCCCACUCAGAGUCUGAUACGAGACUGAACUGAACUGAACUAAACCCUUCAAAAAUCAAGCGACAUGGCUGUCGCCGCUACAGUCUCUCAUCCAUCAUCUCUGCAACUCUCAUCUUCUUCUAUUCAUGGAGAGCGCUUAUCCUCAUCCGCUGCAUUUAUGGGUGCCACGCUCAACUUCUCAGCUUCUGCUUUCUCAGGGAAAAGGGUACGUUUUGUUCAGAAGAAUUUCACAGUUGUUUCGAAGAAGCUAUCAGGUUUGGAGGAAGCCAUGCGAAUCAGGAGAGAACGUGAGCUUCAAUCUAUAACACCUUUCAAGCGAAUGCCACCUUUAAGACGCGGAAAGGUCUCAGCCCGGCUGCCAGUUCCAGAUCAUAUACCAAAGCCUCCUUAUUUGAGUUCAACUUUGUUGCCAGAACUCUCCAGUGAACCUCAAAUUCAUGAUUCUGAGGGAAUUGCUCGGAUGAAGGCUGCAUGUGAGCUUGCUGCUCGUGUCCUGGAUUAUGCAGGAACACUAGUUAGGCCAUCAGCAACAACGGAUGAAAUUGACAAAGCAGUUCACAAGAUGAUUAUUGAUGCUGGUGCUUAUCCUUCACCUCUUGGCUAUGGGGGAUUCCCGAAAAGUGUUUGCACAUCAGUUAAUGAGUGCAUGUGCCAUGGAAUACCUGAUUCCCGCCAACUACAGAAAGGAGACAUAAUCAAUAUCGAUGUGACUGUCUUCUUGAAUGGUUAUCAUGGAGAUACAUCAAAGACAUUUCUUUGUGGGGAUGUUUGCGAUGCAACAAAACGCCUUGUGAAGGUUACUGAAGAGUGCAUGGAAAGGGCCAUAGCUGUAUGCAAGGAUGGUGCUAGCUUUAAAAAAAUUGGAAAGAGGAUAAGUGAGCAUGCUGAAAAAUUUGGCUUUGGAGUGGUGGAUCGUUUUGUCGGGCAUGGUGUAGGAACUGUAUUUCACUCUGAACCAAUUAUAUUGCAUUACCGCAAUGACAAACCUGGUUGUAUGGUUGAGGGUCAAACAUUUACCAUUGAGCCUAUUCUUACAAUGGGAAGCAUCGAGUGUAAAACAUGGGAUGACAAUUGGACAACUCUUACAGUUAAUGGCAGCCCUGCUGCCCAAUUUGAGCAUACUAUUUUGAUCACCAGAACUGGAGCUGAAAUCUUGACAAAGUAUUGAACUGUUAGCACUAUUAAUCAUUCUUGACAAAGUAUUGAACUGUAACACUAUUCAUCAUGCUUUCAUGGUGUAAAUGUCUUUCAGAAUUUGUUGUUUUUAAUAGUAUGUAUUUUUCUUCAUCCA